AGGUCUAUUUGGGGAUACGGUGUGAAGCAAAUUUUUCAACUCCGCGGAAGUUCCCCUCAAAAAUAAAGGAAAUUAUAAUUUCUUCGUGCGUGAGUGGACAGGAAACGGGGCCAUGGAAACGUACGAGAGUGUCCUGCUGGUGAAGCCCGAGGUGUUUGUGUACAAAAUCCCCCCGCGCACCUCCAACAGGGGAUACAGGGCCGCUGAUUGGAAUCUCCAGGAACCAACUUGGACGGGGCGUAUGCGUCUGGUGUCCAAGGGUACAGCUGUCUCCAUGAAAUUGGAAGACAAGACUUCUGGCGCUCUUUUUGCCAAUUGUCCCAUUGAAACAUAUCCGGGAGUUGCUGUGGAGGCUGUCACGGACAGUUCGCGAUAUUUUGUGAUCCGUAUCCAGGACGACAAUGCAGGACGAACUGCAUUUAUUGGGUUGGGUUUUGGUGAUCGAUCGGACUCAUUUGAUCUCAACGUGGCACUUCAGGAUCAUUUUAAAUGGGUGAAGAAUCAAGAGCAAAUUGAAAAGGAGAAGGAAGCUCCACGGCAGGAACUGGAUUUAGGCUUCAAAGAGGGUGAAACCAUCAAGAUUAAUAUGAAGAUCACUAAAAAAGAUGGAAGCGAAUCAACAUCGAGAACUGGCAAAGCCAAGGGAACUAGUGGAGUGGGAAUCCUUCCACCACCACCGGGAGUUGCUAAUAAAAUAGCUCCACCACCGGGACAGCUAAAGCCCAGCCCAGUGGCAUCACCCUCCCAUCGACCCGGUCAAACCGAAUGGGGUGACUUUACUUCCGCGGGGGGGCAACAGGCGCCACAGCAGCCGUCGCCGCAAUCGACAAACUCAAAUUGGGUGCAGUUCUAAAAGGACAACACCUCACACACAGGCAUGGAUUUCGCAUGGAAUCUCGGGAUGCUGCUCAAAUCUCAACAUUUGGCUCGCAUUUUAUUCUCAUAAUGAAAAAAAAAAGAAAACUGAACAAUUUUCCUUUAUGCUGGCUUCCGAGACAAACCGUGCACACACACCUAAUAAUUUUUUUUUGAUAUAGUAGUUAUUUUUUUUUAAACGUGGUAAGGGCAAAAGCCCGCAAAAUAUAUAUUAUAUAUUUUUUCUAAUAUAUAUAGGAUUUAUUAUAAAAUAAGUUUUCCGAACGACUUUAAAAAGAAAAUAUUUUCCAUUUGGCAUUUAAUUUUGUUUCUUUAUUAAAUAUUCCACUUAAUAGGAAUUUUUCUUGUACAAUAAUAUCGUUAAUAA